AUGGGUGUCCUGGCUGUGGACGGCACCUCGCUUCGUGACACCUUCCUGCCUGUACCCCGCACGCGCCUCGACGUGCUGAAUAAUCGCCUACCCGUCAUUGCCGCCAAGCGCAACAAGAAGCUCAUGGAGGAGAUCCACCAAGCGCUUCACCGUCUUGAGUCCUCCCCUGCGCAAACCCUCGAAUACGUGGACACAAUCUCCUUCCUCGAUGGCGUUCAAGAUCUCCUUGUUCGUCUCGAGGUGGAUAUUAAAACCGUCUCGGACAUGUUUGACCUUGUGCAUCGCUACGAAAUUCCCGCGCCCCCUGAGGCUCUAGCCGAGUUUGAAACCGCCAAGGCUAACAUUAUUCGCCUUCGCGAAGCAGUGCGCGAGGGCCUGGAUACGCGCUCCAAGCGCGUCGAGGAGUUCUGUGUCGUCUUGGAUAAGGACAUCUCCCUGCUGGGCGAGCGCGUCCUUGAAGUGCACCAACAGUCCCUGGACGAGCGCAUCCUCGAUGCCAAGGCGGAGCUGUCCGAAAUCUUGCAGGUCACUCAGCAGCUUCACGAUCAAAUGGAGGCCUUGCAAGCACAGGCAGCACAGUACAAGAGUUACCAAAAGCAAUUUCGCGUUGAGGUCACCAAAUUCACCGCGCUUGAGGAAACACACGCCGAGGUGCGCUCCCGCAAGGCCCUGUGGGAUACCGUGCAAGAAUGGCAAGAACUCGAGGCAGCAUGGGCCGAUGCCAGCUUUCUGGCCAUGGAUCCGGAGGAAGUGACCAAUACGGUGACGCGCGUCGCCAAGAGUGCCUUCCAGCUCAACAAGACACUGCCGCCCAACGACGUGGUACCACAACUCCAACUGAGCAUUGAUCACAUGAAAGCCAAGCUUCCUGUCAUCAACGACCUGCGUAACCCGGCCCUCAUGCCUCGGCACUGGGAACGCAUCAACGAGAUUGUCGGCACACCCCUUCCACAAGACGAGUCCCUCACCCUUGGUCUGCUCAACGAGCUCGAGGUUUGGCAACACGCGGAGGCCUUGGGCGAGGUAUCAGCCGCUGCAUCCUCCGAGGCCUCGCUUGAGCUCAUGCUCAAAAAGGUCGAGGACGCCUGGAAGUCGACGGACCUGCCCGUUGUGCCCUUCCGUGAUAGCAAGGACGUGUUUAUCCUCGGUGGCCUGGAUGACAUCCAGGUGCUCCUCGACGACUCCACCGUCAACAUGGCAACCAUUGCCGGCUCGCGCUACGUAGGCCCCAUCAAGCCCCGCGUUGAUGAGUGGCAGAGCUCAUUGCAACUCUUUGCUCAAACGCUGGAGGAAUGGCUUGUCUGCCAGCGUUCUUGGCUCUACCUUGAGAGCAUCUUCAGUGCCCCCGAUAUCCAGCGCCAGCUGCCUGCCGAGGCUAAAAUGUUUCAGGAAGUGGACAAAUCCUUCAAGGAGGCUAUGCGAAAAACCGCGGCGCUGCCCAACGCCAUCCGUGCUGGUUGCACCCCGGGUUUUCUGGCCAUGUUUCAGCGCAACAAUCAGCUGCUCGAUGAGAUUCAAAAGUGUCUUGAAGACUACCUCGAGAGCAAGCGCAUGGUCUUCAGCCGCUUCUUCUUCCUCUCCAACGAUGAGCUAUUGGAAAUUUUGUCGCAGACCAAGAACCCUCAGGCCGUGCAGCCCCACAUGCGCAAGUGCUUCGAUGCGAUUCAAAAGCUCGAGUUUGGUCAACCGGGUAAAACGGCCAAUGACAUCUUGGCCAUGAUCUCACCCGAGGGUGAGCGCGUGGGCUUUGAUAAGGGCCUCAAGGCCCGCGGCAAUGUCGAGGAAGCCAUUGUGGACUACAGUAAGCGCCCGCGCCCUGAAUGGGUGGGAGCGCAUCCAAGCCAGGUGGUCAUCAGCGUAUCACAGAUUAUGUGGUGCCAGGCCGUCAUAGAGGCCAUUCGUGCCGCGAACCCGGCCGAAGCACUCAAAGCAUAUGAAGGGACAUGUAUUGCUCAGCUGGCCGAACUGGCCUCAAUGGCGCGCCAAAGCAUCCCGAAGCUGUUUCGCAAGGUUUUGGGUGCUCUCAUCACCAUCGAUGUGCAUGCUCGCGACAACGUCACAGCCCUAUGCGAGGCCGGCGUAACCUCCGUCGACGACUUUGAAUGGGCGCGGCAGCUACGCUACUACUGGGAAGACGACGUGGACGAUCUGGUCGUGCGCAUGUCCAACUCGCGCUACGUCUAUGCUUAUGAAUAUCUCGGCGCAAGCAUGCGCCUGGUCAUUACACCCUUGACCGACCGCUGCUACCUGUGCUUGAUGGGUGCACUUCAAUUGGACUUGGGCGGUGCCCCUGCUGGCCCCGCCGGUACGGGCAAAACCGAGACGACCAAGGACAUGGCCAAGGCGGUGGGCACGCAGUGUGUGGUCUUCAACUGCUCAGAGGGCCUGGAUUACAAGAUGAUGGGCAAAUUUUUCAGCGGUCUGGCACAAUCGGGGGCCUGGUGCUGCUUUGACGAGUUUAAUCGUAUCGAUAUUGAGGUAUUGUCGGUGAUUGCUCAGCAAUUGCUGACUAUUCGCAACGCCAAAGCCGCCAAGCUUGCACGCUUCAUGUUUGAGGGUCGCGAGAUCCGUCUCAUCCCCAAGUGUGCCGCCUUCAUCACCAUGAACCCGGGCUAUGCUGGUCGUACCGAGCUGCCCGACAACCUUAAGGCUCUCUUCCGUCCGUUUGCCAUGAUGGUACCCGAUUACGGCCUGAUUGCGGAGGUGAUUCUCUUUUCCGAGGGCUUCGAAGACCCGCGCAAUUUGGCUCGCAAGAUGACCCAAAUGUACAAGCUGUGCUCCGAGCAACUUUCCCAGCAAGACCACUAUGACUUUGGUAUGCGAGCCGUCAAGUCCGUGCUGGUUAUGGCCGGUGCGCUCAAGCGCUCGCGGGUUGGACAAAGCGAAGCAACCGUUUUGUUGACAGCCCUGCGUGAUUCCAAUCUACCCAAGUUCUUGGCCGAGGAUGUGGCUCUGUUCAAGGCCAUUUUGUCCGAUCUGUUUCCCGGGGUGGAACUUCCCGAGCACGAUUAUGGCCGCUUGCAAGAAGUCAUCGAGGGUUGCAUUGUUUCGCGAGGCCUUCAGAAGGAGGAGUCGCAGGUCCGCAAAAUCAUCCAGCUAUACGAGACCAUGGUGGUGCGUCAUGGUGUGAUGCUGGUUGGCCCCACUGGUGGUGGCAAAACCACAAGCUACCAGGUCCUGGCAGAUACGCUGACGCAGCUGCACGAGGCCGGCGUCGAGCACGCCGACUAUCAACCCGUGCACACCUAUGUUCUCAACCCCAAAGCUAUCUCCAUGGGUGAGCUGUACGGUGAAGUGGACCCGGCUACCACCGAGUGGCACGAUGGUCUCAUGGCCACGCUUGUGCGUCAAUGUGUGGCCGAAACCAACAGCGAUCACCGCUGGAUCGUCUGCGACGGCCCCGUCGAUGCCCUGUGGAUCGAAAACAUGAACACGGUGCUCGAUGACAACAAGAUGCUUUGCCUGGCCAAUUCAGAGCGCAUCAAGCUUACCCCACACAUGCACAUGCUCUUCGAGGUGCAAGACCUGGCCGUCGCUUCCCCGGCCACCGUCUCGCGCUGUGGCAUGGUCUACGUUGAUCCCUUGGAACUGGGCUGGCGCCCCUUCUUUGGCACCUGGCUCGUGUCUCUGCCACCAGCCGUGUACCCGGUGCUGCGCGAGCUCCUGCGUGAACUCUUCGAGGAACACGUCGAUCCCGUGCUACAUGAGGUGCACAAGCAUCUCAAGCAAGUUAUGCCGCAGGUCACGGCUGGCAAGGUGGCCUCACUGUGUUACCUUUUGCAGUCGUUGCUGCUUGAGCAUGAGGCCCUGUUCCCUGCGCCAGGAGUAUCUGAAGCGGCAGAGGCCGCGCCAGAAGUGCCCGAGGCUCAGCGCGCCACUAUUGUCAACCUCUUCUUCUUUGCACUUGUUUGGGCUUUGGGUGGGAACCUGGUUGACAAGGACCUGGAUGCCUUUGACUCGAUUGCACGAGAACAGUUUGAGGGCGUGCGAGAGCUGCGUGUUCCCAACGCGGGGAGCGUGUACGACUACUAUGUGGCAUCACACGAGGGCCACGCCAUGCUCGAGAACUGGGAUAAGCAAGUGCCCGCGUUCACGUACCGCGACGACGUGCCGUUUUUCGAAAUGCUGGUCCCUACCAGCACGACAGUCAAGUUUGCCACCUUCAUGCGCCUGUACACGCGCCUGGACCGUUCCGUCCUCUUCACUGGUACGACAGGCGUGGGCAAGUCCGUUGUAGCUCAGAGCUUCUUAGACUCGGCAGAGCGUGGGGGUCAGGUGGUUCCGGUCAUGGUCAACUUUUCGGCGCAAACAACGAGCAAGCGCACGCAGGCUCUCAUUGAGAGCAAGCUGGAGAAGAAGCGCAAGACGCUUCUGGGAGCCCCUGCAGGCAAGAAGAUUCUCAUCUUUGUGGACGAUGUCAAUAUGCCCAAGCUGGAAACGUACGGUGCCUCGCCGCCCCUCGAGCUGCUGCGCCAGUUUCAAGACUUUCGCGGGUUUUAUGACCGUGAAAAGCUUUUUUGGAAGGACAUUCAGGAUGUCACGCUGAUCGCUGGCUGCGCUCCUCCUGGAGGCGGGCGCAAUCCCAUUACCCCUCGCCUGCUGCGCCACUUUGCCAUGCUGAGCAUUCCAUCACCAGACGAAAAGACGCUCAAGAGUAUUUUCACGCAAAUUGCCAGUGGUUUCUUUACCACGGCCGGCUUCAGCAAGCCCAUUAUUCGUGCUGCUGAAAACAUUGUGAAUGCGGCUGUCGGCAUCUAUCACCGCAUGAGCACCGACCUCCUGCCCACGCCAGCCAAAUCGCACUACGUUUUCAAUUUGCGUGAUCUUUCCAAGUGCAUGCAGGGCAUUCUGCAAGCUGACCCCUCCAGCUUCCGUGAAGUGGAUCACAUCUUUGACCUUUUCUGCCACGAGACGAUGCGUGUCUUCCACGAUCGCCUCAUCAAUGCCGAGGACAAGACCUAUUUUGUGCAGAUCCUUGCCGAGAUGAGCUCAAAGCACUUUAGCAAGUCUAUCGAUGUCGAGGAGAUGGAGCAGAAUCCACCCCUCUUUGGCGAUUUUAUGAAGAUUGGAGCACCAAAGGAGGACCGCGCCUAUGAGGCGCUUGAUAAGACCAAGGUGGCCAAGGUGCUUGAGGAGUACCUUGAUGACUUCAAUCUGAGCUCGUCCAAAGAGAUGAAGCUGGUCUUUUUUGGCGAUGCCAUCCAACAUGUGACGCGCAUCGCACGCAUCCUACGCCAGCCACGUGGCAACGCACUGCUUGUGGGUGUGGGCGGAACCGGCAAGCAAUCGCUCACACGCAUGGCGUGUCACAUGUCCGGCUUCAAGUGCUUCCAGAUUGAGAUCACUCGAGGCUAUGGCUACAAUGAGUUUAGGGAAGAUCUCAAGCAGCUCUACGAGCUUGCGGGUUCGAAGGGCCAGGACACCGUCUUUCUCUUCACCGAUACCCAAAUUGUGGUGGAAGAGUUUUUGGAAGACAUCAACAACAUGCUCAACUCUGGUGAGGUGCCCAACUUGAUCGAGAACGAUGAGAUGGAGAAGUUCUUGCAGCCAGUCCGACCUUUGGCGCGCGCCGCGGGCAUUUCCGAGUCCCGUGAUGCCGUGUACCAGUACUUUAUCAACCGCGUCCGUGAUAAGCUGCACAUUGUGUUGGGCAUGAGCCCCGUGGGUGACGCCUUCCGAUCGCGCUGCCGCAUGUUUCCCUCCAUCGUCAAUUGCUGCACCAUCGACUGGUUCACCGAGUGGCCCCGCGAGGCCCUUCUCGGCGUGUCUCGUCGCUUCUUUGAGUUUGUGGACCUCGGCGAAGAGGAGCUGAAGAACAAGGUUUCUCAAAUGUGCGUCGAGAUUCACACAAGCGUACGCGACAUGGCCGAACGCUUCUACGAAGAGCUGCGUCGCAAGUAUUAUACCACGCCGACGAGUUACCUCGAGCUCAUCAACUUGUACACCAGCAUGUUGGACACCAAGAAGCGAGAGCUAGUGCUGCAACGCGACCGCUUCCAAACGGGCUUGGACAAGCUUGGGGAGACCAACGAACUGGUCGACAACAUGCAGAAGCAGCUUACCAUGCUCGAGCCCGUGCUGAAGGAAAAGUCCGAGGCAACCUCCAAGCUCAUGGAGAAGCUGAAGGUGGACCAGGCCGCAGCCGAUGAGGUCCGCAGUGUCGUCCAGGCGGAGGAAGCUGUGGCAAAGGAAAAGGCCAACAAGACCGAGGCCAUUAAGGCGGAUGCCCAAGCCGACUUGGACGAAGCCCUGCCUGCACUUGACGCGGCAGUCAAGGCUUUGGAGGCCUUGGAGAAGAAGGACGUGCAGGAGGUCAAGGUUUUCACCACUCCUCCGCCCCUGGUCCAGGUUGUGAUGGAGUCGGUGUGCAUCCUUUUCGGUCGUAAGGCUGACUGGAAGACGGCCAAGGGCCUGCUGGGUGAGAGCGAUAUUCUGAACCAGAUGCGCACCUUUGACAAGGAUGGGAUCACGGACAAGACAAUCAAGAAGCUCAAGCCUUACAUUGAGAACGAGGACUUUGUGCCAGAGAAGGUUGAAAAGGUCUCCAAGGCAUGUACAUCCAUGUGCAUGUGGGUGCGCGCCAUGGAUCUUUACGCCCGCGUCUAUCGCACAGUCGAGCCCAAACGGCAGAAGCUGGCCGAGGCGCAGGCCGCCCUGGACGAGACCAUGGCCGCACUGCGUGAGAAGCAGGGCCGUCUCGCUGAGGUUGAGGGUCAGAUUGCAGAGCUGCAACGCACCUACAAGGAGAGCGUCGAUGCUAAGCAAGACUUGGAACGACAAAAGGCUCAGACGGCGGGCCGCCUCGAGCGCGCCGACAAGCUCACCAUGGCCCUUGGUAGUGAACAGGUCCGUUGGGCUGAGACGGUCAAGAUGUACGACCAGCAAGUGCAUGACGUGGUUGGCAACGUAUUUCUUGCCGCGGCCUGCGUGGCCUACUUUGGGGCGUUUACGUCCACAUACCGUACGGAGCUGGUGGAGAAGUGGGUGGCCCAGUGCCAAGCGCUGGGUAUUCCCGUGUCCGAGGGCUUUCAGCUCGCCGACGUUUUGUCCACGCCGUACCAAAUUCGCGAGUGGAACACUGCAGGCUUGCCGCGCGAUCAAUUAUCCACCGAAAACGCCGUCCUUGUGACCUGUGGGCGGCGUUGGCCCUUGAUGAUUGACCCCCAGGAUCAAGCAAACCGCUGGAUCCGCCAGAUGGAGGCUCGCAACGGGUUGCAGAUCAUCAAGCUGACAGACCCCAACUUUUUGCGCACGCUAGAAAACGCCAUUCGGAUUGGCCAACCUGUGCUGCUGGAGGAGGUCGGAGAGACGCUGGAUCCUUCCUUGGAGCCCGUGCUGCUGAAGCAGACGUUCAAGCAGGGCGGCCGCACUCUGAUUCGCCUGGGCGACAGCGAUGUCGACUACGACAAGAACUUUCGCUUCUACAUGACGAGCAAGAUGGCCAACCCGCACUACUUGCCCGAGAUUUGCAUCAAGGUCACGAUCAUCAACUUUACGGUCACGCGCCUGGGUCUUGAAGACCAGCUGCUGGCAGACGUUGUGCGACUGGAGCGACCUGACCUGGAAGAGAAGCGCACAAAGCUGAUUGUGCAAAUCAACAAUGACCGCAAUCAGCUCAAGCUCAUUGAGGAUGAGAUCUUGAAGCUUCUCUUCAACUCGGAAGGUAACAUUCUGGACAACGAGCGCCUGAUUGAUACUUUGCAAAACUCCAAGGUGACCUCGACCGCCAUUGGCGAGCGAUUGGAACAGGCAGAGCGCACCGAAGCCAGCAUCACCGAGGCACGCGAGCGCUACCGCCCGGUGGCUCUGCGUGGCUCGGUCCUGUUCUUUGUAAUUGCUGAUAUGUCGAGCAUUGACCCGAUGUAUCAAUACUCUCUCGAAUACUUCAAGCAGCUCUUUGUGCAAUGCAUCACCGACAGCGAGAAGAACCCGGAGUUGGAAAAGCGGCUGAUCAACAUUAUCGACUACGCCACCCUCAACAUCUUUACAAACAUUUCCCGCGGUCUUUUUGAGCGCCAUAAGCUGAUGUUCAGCUUUAUGCUCUGCAUCGAAGUUCUCAAGACCGCCGGCACUGUGACUGUGCACGAGUGGGAUUACUUCUUGCGGGGCGCCAUGGUUUCAGAGCGCGAGCGGCCUGCGGCGCCCGCCGUGGACUGGCUGGCGCCUGCCGUGUGGACGGCGCUGUGCGAUCUUGAACAUGAGUUUCCAGAGCGCUUUGCCGGCAUUACGACAGAUGCGGGCGCCGCCCCUCUGACCGUCACUCUGGGUGACGUGACGGUGCGGCCAAGCCCUGCGGGGGCGUUUGCAAAGGACGUGACUUGCCGCGUGGACUGGAACGUUCACCUCACGAGCUUUGAAAAGCUCCUGCUCAUCAAGACGCUGGCCAUGGACCGGGUAACGGAGGGCGUGGCGGCCUUUGUUACAACCGAGUUUGGCAACGCUUUCGUCGAGAGCCCGCCAGUGGAAAUGGCAACCCUCUACCGUGACAUGACGGCGACGGUCCCGCUUAUCUUCGUGCUCUCCGUGGGAUCGGAUCCCAUGGCGUCAUUCUUGCGCUUUGCCAAGGAGCGCAACUACACUGAUCGCGUUCACGCCAUUUCCCUGGGCCAAGGCCAGGGCCCCGUUGCAGAAAAACUGAUUGAGAAGGCGGUCACCAGCGGCGAUUGGGUCUUCUUACAGAAUUGCCACCUGGCCCAAUCCUGGAUGACCCGCAUGGAGAUGGUCAUCAAGAAUUUGGCCGAUCCCAAAGCCAGCGUGCACGAAGACUUUCGGCUGUUCCUCAGCUCGGCGCCAUGCACGUUCUUUCCCGUGAGUGUGCUGCAAAACAGCGUCAAGGUGACCAACGAACCACCCAAGGGCUUACGCGCCAAUCUGCGGCGCGCCUUUGCGGGCAUUCAGCGCGACUUUUUCGAGGAACAUGUGCUGGGGCAAGAUUGGCGUAAGCUUAUCUUUGGACUGUGUUUCUUCCACGCCAUCAUCCAGGAGCGGAAGAAGUUUGGUCCGCUGGGUUGGAACAUUCGCUACGAGUUCAACGCGUCGGACCGUGAGUGUGCCCUGGAAAAUCUGCGCAUUUUCCUUGCCGACGGGCACGUGCCCUGGAACGCCCUGUUCUUUAUCACCAGCGACAUCACGUACGGCGGUCGCGUCACGGAUCGCUGGGAUGAGCGGUGCUUGUCGACCAUCUUGAAGCGCUUCUUCCGCCCGAACGCGUUGGAUGCAGACUACAAGUACUCAGAGUCGGGCGUGUAUUUUGCGCCUGCGGUGGACACGCUGGAGGAGGUGCAGGCGUACAUUGACCGGCUGCCAUUUAGCGAUCCCCCGGAAAUUUUUGGCAUGCACGACAACGCCAACAUUGCCUUUCAGUCGCAGGAUGCCAACGUGAUGUUGCGCACCAUUUUGGACGUGCAGCCGCGCAUGUCCACAAGUGGCGCAGGCCACACGCCAGACGACGUCGUGUAUGAGUUGGCCGAAAGCAUUGAAGCCAAGCUGCCGUCAGCACUGCUGGAUCUGGAUGAGGCCAAGGAGGGCACUUUCAACCUGGAUCCGCAGGGCCGCGUCAAAUCCUUGAGCACGGUGCUGCGCCAAGAAGUGGAUCGCUUCAACCGAUUGCUCCAGGUCCUUUGGCCAUGCUUGCGUGACGUCAAGCGCGCCAUCAAGGGCUUUGUGGUCAUGAGUGCGGAGCUAGAGGAGGUCUACAAGAGCUUUUUGAAAAACGAAGUGCCCGCGAUGUGGGAGAAUGCGGCAUAUCCGUCACUCAAGCCUCUGGGCGCGUGGGUGCGCGAUCUGUGUUUGCGUCUGGAGUUUGUUUCGCAUUGGCUGACCAAGGGCAAGCCAAAGUCGUUCUGGCUUUCAGGCUUUUUCUUCCCUCAGGGGUUCUUGACUGGCACGCUGCAAACGCACGCGCGAAAAUACAAUCUGCCCAUCGAUACCCUGAGCUUCCAGUUCAAGGUGCAUAAUGAACAGUACAUUCACCAAGACAGCCCCGGCGAAGAAGCAGCAGCACAGGCUGUCGAGGACGGCGUGCUGGUGCAUGGGGUGUUUAUGGAUGCGUUCCGCUGGGACGACGAUGCAGGAUGCGUAGCAGACUCAUUGCCGGGACAAAUGAAGGCCUACUUGCCCCUCAUGCACAUGGUGCCAGCCCAGAACUUCACGCCGCCAGCGGAGGACUACAUUGCACCGCUGUACAAGACAUCUGUGCGCGCGGGUGUGCUCUCAACGACGGGCCACUCUACCAACUUUGUUGUGGCUGUGCACCUACCCGCCAAGCAGUCACGCGACUACUGGGUUUCCAAGGGUGCAGCCUUGCUUUGCCAGCCCGAAUGAGCGUAUGCCAAGCCUGGCCGACUGCAUACUGUAGCUGUGAUGAUGUGUUUUGUUGUUUGUUUUUUUUGGUGCUUGUAUUUGCGACGGUCAUCAAGUGUUGCACACGGAGCUUGAGUGAGGCGAUGGUGAGGUGAGGGUUGUUGCUGGCCCUUAAAUAAGCCUCUUGUCUUUGUUGUUCGAUCACGAGCACACGUGCGCGCGCGCCCGUGGCGCUAGGUUUUGACCUCUUGGGUCGCAUCAGCUUGUCAAUGGGCCUUACUUCAGGCCUCUUGUUAUGUUUGGGUCGAUUGUGUGACUUGUACUCCAGACACUUUGGCUGGAUGAAUCAAUAAUGGAACUUUG